AUGAGGAGAAUGAUAUGCUUGAUCUUAGCUUUCGGUCUCACGGAAACGUAUUCAGCGAAUUUAAGGAACAACACUUUGUUUUGGAACUUGAUCUCAGAGAGAAUGGAGAUCAAAUACGGUACGAGCUUAUGGAAUUUGUUGGUCGCCGUAAUUUACCCCAAUUUUUUUAAUUGCCUUUAUCUUGCUUCUGAUCUUAGAGAUGCUUUGGAGAAUGGUCAGUUGCAAAAGCUUCUUGCUGCUAGUUGUUUUUUGAGAAGCUGGGAUGUCUAUUUGCGAGAUUUGACGGUGUUUAUGUAUACUAUGACGGUGAUUAAUGGGAUUGAUCAGAGAUCAGUUUUGUUGGAGAUGUCUUUAGCAGCUAUGGAUGAGCUAGUGAAGCUCGCUCAGAGUGAUGAACCGUUAUGGGUGAAAAGCUUAGACGAAGAGAGAGAGACGAGCUUAAUCAUGAGGAGUACAUGA